CUCCUUUAUAGUCUCUAAGCUGUGGCCAACCAAAAGGGACACUAAACUGGCACUUAAACCUAUACCAAACGGCACUGCUACUGCUACUAGUGAGGACUUGCAAAAGAAACCCAGGGCAGAUUUAUAUACUACUUGCAGUUGUAAUUGCCCAGUGUCUGAGCGAGGAAGAGAGUCUUUCUUCUUCUUCUUCUAUUUUUGUUGGUUGGAGGAAGUGUGAAACUGAAAACUGAAAAGGAGCAGCAGUAAGAAUUGAAUUCAAAUGGGGGUAUUGGAUCAUCUCUCCGAUAUGUUUGAUUGCACCAGCGGCGGCAGCUCCAAGCUCAAGAAGAAAAAACAGUUGCAGACGGUGGAGAUUAAAGUGAAGAUGGAUUGCGAGGGGUGCGAGAGGAAAGUGCGGAGAUCCGUGGAAGGGAUGAAGGGGGUGAGCUCGGUGCAGAUCGAGCCCAAGCAGCACAAGCUCACCGUCGUCGGCUACGUGGACCCGAACAAGGUGGUGGCGCGUGUGGCUCAUCGCACGGGCAAGAAGGCAGAGUUGUGGCCAUACGUCCCUUACGACGUCGUCGAGCAUCCCUACGCCCCUGGCGUCUACGAUAGGAAGGCCCCAGCUGGGUACGUGCGAUCCGUUGAAGACCCGCAGCUGUCGCAGCUGGCACGUGCCACCUCCACCGAAGUACGAUACACUACGGCCUUUAGUGAUGAGAACCCCUCCGCAUGUAUUGUCAUGUGAUGUGAAUCUGAUCAUCCCUCAUUACUCUUAAUAAAACUGAAGCUGGUGUUUGGAUUGUAAUUUUUUGAAUUUUUUUUUUUU